UACUCGUCUAAUCUUGUUUGCUGCUGCCUCCUGCCCACUACCCAGUGCUCACUGAUCAAUGCCCACUGCCCUGUGGCCGUGCCACACUCUGUAGUCUGUUGUCACUUGUCUGCCACCCGUCACUUACAUUUAGUUUUGUCAUCAAUCCAUUAGAGUCCCGGUCCCAAUUAUAGUCUUCUAACACGCUCUGUUUUUUUUUCCUGCUGUUUGUCAAAAGACUUUCCAUACACAUAACUGCAAACAGUUUCAAACGAAGGACGAAUUUCGGAACUUAUAGAAGUGAUGGACAACUUUGGUGACAAUUUUGAUGAUGGAGACGUCGAUCCAGCUGCGGAAUUUUUAGCUCGCGAACAGACUCAAUUGGCAGGCUUGGAAGAUGAUCUCAGCACACCCAACGUACCGAUCGGUGUCACCCAAACAUUAUCUAACGGUUCAGGAAGCAGCUUUGAAAUAAUUGAUAGUGCAGAAAACCAGUUAACUAACCCUGUGAUUGAAAAUGGAUUAACAAAUGGUUUUACAGUUACAAAUAGUGAUGAUGAAAAAAAAUUGGUUUCACCAAAAAAAGUUUACACUUCAUCGCCAAUAAUUGCUCCCAAAAUUGAGAGAGAAGAACCAGAAAAGAUUAAGAAAUGGCGAGAAGAACAGAAGACUCGAUUAGAAGAAAAAGAUGCUGAUGAAGAAAAAAAAAAAGAAGAAUUACGGCUGGUCGCUAAAAGCGAAUUGGAAGAAUGGUACAAGAUUCACAAGGAACAAAUUGCAAAAACUAAAGAUGUUAAUCGAGAAUCUGCAAUAAAUGCAGAGAAACAAUUUGUUGCUGAAUCUGAUGAAAUUGAGCCAGGCACUGAAUGGGAUCGCAUCUCAAAACUCUGCGAUUUUAACCCCAAAUCGAGUCGUGCUUGUAAAGAUGUUACACGUAUGAGAUCUAUCAUUCUUCAACUUAAACAGACUCCACUGAAAAAACCUGUAUCACCUGCAAAAUAAUUUGUAAUCAUAAUUUCCUUUCUGUCAUUCCUAUCCAGUAAAAUAUUUAUUCUAUUGAGUUUUUUAUUUUAUAACAUUGCUACAUAGUAAAUAUUAUAUUAAUUUCAGAGAUAAUAGGUAUAUAAUAAUAUUUGUUGCAUGUUUAUGCUCAUUAUAUUGUAUUAUUAAUUUGUUAUUUAUAAAGUAUUAUUCAUAAAAUUCAAUUAUUUGAAAACUUUUCUGUUACUUGUAAUAUAUCAUAACAUAUUGCAAUAAAAAUCAAAUAUUUAUACUUAUAAA